AUGAGAAAGAAAUAUCAAGGUACUGCUAGUGUGAAGCGCGCACAACUUCAAGCCUUGAGAAGGGAUUUUGAGACUUUGCAGAUGAAGGAAGGAGAGUCUGUAAUGAGUUACUGUGCUAGAACGAUGGAGACUAGCAACAAAAUGCGAUUCCAUGGAGAGAAGAUGAACGAUGUCACAAUUGUUGAAAAGAUAUUGCACUUUUUAACGCCGAAGUAUGAUUAUGUUGUUUGCUCCAUUGAGGAUUCAAAAGAUAUAGAUGAGUUAUCGCUUGAUGAAUUGCAAAGCUCCUUAUUGGUACAUGAACAGAAGAUGAAUCGAAAUUCAACUUCUGAGGAGCAGGCCUUGAAGGCUUCUACUUUUAUUUCUUCUAAUUCUAGAGGAAGGGGUAGACGUAGAGGUAGAGGAAGAGGAAGAGGAAGAGGAAGAGCAGAUCGUGGAAAUAGAGACGGAGGCAACAAAGAAGGCUGUGGAAAUUUUAGAGGUAAUGACUACAGUAAUGGCAGAGGAAGGGAUUUCGAUAAAUCCAAGGUAGAAUGUUAUCAUUGUCAUAAAUUUGGUCAUUAUCGUUCUGAUUGUUAUACUAGGCUGCCUGAUGAGAAACAAGAGAAGUCAAAUUUCGUUGAGAACAAAGAAGGAGAAACUUUGUUAAUGGCAAUUCAUGUUGAAAAAGAGCCUGACCAACAAGCUCUUUAG